AUGUUCUCCUCCAUCGCAUCACUUGCGAUACUCCUCACAAGCUCCCUACUCAUCCCAACCCGAGCAUGUGCACCUCCAGUCAACGCCUCGGAUGCCUUUCGAAUCGGACAAGAUGGGCCAGCAGACGUCGCUACAUUGGGCUACAGCCUCAACCACUUCUCCCUCCUCGUCAACGACAUAGAUGCCUCGAUGCAUUUCUACAACAAGAUCCUCGGCAUGCGCCACGUCUUCACCUUCCAGGCGACACCUGAAUACUCAAUCCACUAUCUCAGCUUCAGCCAAGGCGGCAGUAAUGGAACGGGCUACCAGACAGGCGAAGCGCUGUUGGCACAAAAGUCAAACACAAUGGGCCAGCUGGAGUUGAUCUACAGGAAGAAUUGUAACAGCUCUGAUCAUUCGGCAAUACCAGCGACAACGCAAUACGUCAACACCUUUUCCCACGUGGGAUUGAUCGUACCAGACAUCCGGAGUUUCCAGAGGAGGAUGGAGAAGUUCAAGGUGCCAAUCUUGAAGAAGACCGGCGAGACGAGCUUUGACGAUGAGGUGCGUGGAGCAAGAGCUUUUGGGUUUGGGAGCGACAUUCAGGCGGGGAGAAUGACGGUGAUGGCUCUUACGGCGAUCGGAUUCGAAAAGUUCGCUAUCGUUGUGGAUCCUGAUGGCAAUACGGUGGAAGUUCAGCCAGAGCAGGUGUGA